AUGGGCUGUUGUGCCAGCGCUGCCAAUGAAAUCUCUGUCCCUGAAAAUAAUACGUAAGAUAAUCCCAGAGCAUAACCAAAAAAAUAGAAAUAACAGAUACAGCAGAAUAAUAAUCAAUUUGAUUCAGAAUAAUAAAUCAAAAAUGAAAAUUAAAAGCAAGGACACAUAGAGUAGCAAAAUUCUAUUUCUUGUGUUCCCCAGCAAUUAUUACAUAAGACAAGUUUAUCAAUGUAGAAUUUACUAAUAUAACAUUCUAGCCCUCAGAGUCAAUAAAAAUCGGUGUAGGAAAAGGAAUUGAAUAUGUACAACCCGUGCAUGAGUCGUGUAGACUAUGCAUCUGAUUUAGAUGAUUAAGAAUCAAGUAAAAUUACUUUUCAUAAUUUAAGAGCCUGAAAUAGUCUCAAUACCACAAACCCAAAUUAAAUAGUUCUUAAUUAGAAUGAGAUCACUCAAAAAAUAAUUUCAAUAGAAUUCUAUUGAUUAAAUGAAUAUCAUUGAAGAAGUAGAAGAAUAAAUUUACUCCAAAAAGUUAAAAUUAGACUCCUUGAAUGUAAACUAAUUUUUUAUAAAUUAAAGGAAAUUUGUUUAAAACACAAUAAAUCCUUAAUAGAAGUCUUAUCCUUAAUGAAUCAACAAAGCUUUUACCUAAUUGAAUUAAUCCUCAUUUACAUCGAUGAUUAUGAAAUUAUUCAACAUGUCUUACUCAAUCACUCUCUGCCAAACAAGUAGAUUUAAUAAGCCACUGCUAUUCGACUCAUUAACAAAAUGAAGCCCUUGUUUAGUAGCAAAGAAAAAAUAGAAUAAACUGUGAAAUUCAUCUAAUCAAUAAUGCUCUCUUCAGAGGAAGUUGUUCGCAUUUUAAAUCAGUUGUAAUUUGUCAAUAUUGAUUCAUACAUAGACAUGAAGGAUUAUACCUAAUUGAAACUAUUUGGAUUGAUUAGUAAGCUCUUUUUAUAAAGUGAACUCCCCUUGGCAUUAAGUUUUAUUAAGAUAUAUAAGGAGGCUAAAAUUAAUUAUCAAUUUCAAAAUUUAAUCGUACCAAAAUCCAUACCAUUAGGAUAGAGUACUAUCACACUUGUGAGUAAGGCCGUUUUGACCCAUCUAUAAUUUAAUAUCUUCCAUUAAAUCGCACUUUAAAAAAAAUGGGAUACAUUCUUGCAAUAUUCCAAUGACUAUUAUUUGUCACCAAAUAUUUCAUAAGUCACUCCCAUGAUGAUGCUAUUUUAAAAUGCCCCAUUUCAUUACAUAAAUGAAUAUGUCACCCUAUAUCCACAUUAUUUGGAAAAAUCAUUGGAUUUUUCAACAAAACAGGGCAAAAAUUUAAUCCAUUGCUUCUGUUUAAAUAAAUCCCCAAGAACUAAUAAUGAAAUCAAAUCCAUUAUUGACAAACUGAAUGAAUAUUAAGAUUUGUUAAAGCCAUUAUUAAUCUAACCCUAUAAUGAAUAGAUUCCUUUAGUUAUAUACUUGGAUUCUCAGAAGGACCCUUAAGAUUUUAUCAUUUAAUUCUUAAGCUAGCAUUUAUAAAAGGAAUUUGAUUUCUAUAAAAUCUACUUAGAGGUCAUGAAUUCAGCAGCUGAAAGAAAUCAGUUAGAGUGGAGGAGACAAAGGAUAAAUCCAAGUACUAAAUAUUUUUAUUCAAUUUAAAAUAACAAAACUCCAAAGAGAUUGAGAAUCAAUAAAUAUGAAGAACAGAAUUAUGAAAAAUUUGAUAUAAUAUAUUUUCAGUACAUUUAAGUUGUAAAGCAAUUAAUAAAACAUAAAUUCAAAAUAAAUUUAAAUUGGAUUACUAAUUUUGAUGUGCACUCCACUCAUUAUCCAUAUGAAUUCAAUGGCAUUGUGAGACCAUUGCUCAUUUAAUUGGUUCAACUCAAUUACUUUGAUUUAGUCAACCAAUAAGUUGAACUAAUAAAACCUUAUUAUAAACAACAAUUCGAGAAUGAGAAUGAAAUCGAUAUUAAAGCGCAAUUCAUAUCUAAAUUGAUCUAAAUUAUCAAAUAAUCAUAAGAUAGAUCUCAAUUAAGGCCUAUCAUUGAAUUUAUCAAAGAAUCAAUAAACUCAAAUCCUGUAUUGCUAAAAGUGCCUCUACAUGGAUACUUAGAAGCAAAAUCAAAAUGUAGGUUGUAUUGCUUUGAUUGUAUUUAUAACCAACUUGUAGAGUUGGAUGAUAAAUCGUUUGAUUAAUGCUAUAAAGCGUUAUAAUUAUAGCAAAACGAACCAGAAUGCUUACAAAUCAUUAGAAAACUCUUUCGAAACAAUAAACUGUUAUUAGUAGAUGAUGAUUUCAUUAAUUCAAUUUAUGAGAAGAUCACUUUUGUUGCUAAUUUUCAAACAGAGGAUGACCCUUCCUAUAAAAAGGGAAAGAAAACUUAACCUAGUGAAACAAGUCGAAAAAGAGUUGUUUUAGUAUUAUAUACAUUUAAGGCUACAAAUUGUCAAACGUAUAACUUUAAGGAAUUUAUUUAGUUCUUGAAAAUAAAGGAGUUUGAAUACUCAGUAAAGAAACAAAAGUUAUUUGAUGAAAUAUGUUAUUUGUAUAAUGAAAAGUAAGCCUAAAUACUAAUUAAACUAAACUUCAAUGAUAACUUUGGUAAGUUCCCAUCAGGUUUGCAUUUAUUGAAUGAUUACUUUGAAAUCAGCAAUAAUCCUAAACGUUGGAGUUCUUCACUCUUCAUUCAAGCAAAUAAGGUUAAGUCUGAUUUUUCUUUUAUUGUUAAAGGUGAAACAAUAAACUUUACAAUUUUUAGCAUUCAAGGUGAUCAAUUUGAAACAUACUAUAAUUGGGCAUUGCGUGGAUUGAGCCCAAAUUUAGUGGUGUAUCCAAAGGAAUAUCCUGUGGCUUAGAACUACAAAGAAAAGGCUGUUAUUUAUGCCUUAUAAAACCGUAAGCCCUUUGCUGCAUCAUUGAUAACAAUAAAAGAAUGUUUGGAGGACUUACUGAAAGUAUAUCUACCCAAAAUUAAAAGGAUCUUGAUUGGCUAAUUAUCAUUAAAACAUAUAAUACAGAAUAAUGCCCUUGUCAAUUUAAAUCUUUUAGUUUUAAAGUGUGAUAUUGGCUUCGACACAUAAGCUUCUAUUUUGGCUCAUGAAUAUUUCCCUAUAGGUUAUAGUUGUAAGUAAAAUGAUGAGGAAGUUGAGAAAUUUAAUGCAGAUUUAAUUAAAUUAUUUGAAAAUGGAAAUCAUCGAGAUUAAAAGUCUUUUGGGUUAAGGAGAGAUGAAAUUUGCUUCCUUUUUUAAUUCAUAAAUUUUGAGUCUUAUAUUACUAUUAAGCCAAAUAUAGAAGACUAUAUGAAAAAUGGUCAUCUGAAAGCUAUUAUACUAUCCUGUAGGUCUAAGGAAGUGAAAAUUGAAUUGAUAAAAAAUAUGGCAGAUGAUCAAUUAGAAUUUUAUGGGGCUUCUUUGGUAAGGAUAUGCUAAAGAGAUAAUGAAUUGAUGACCCAUCAAUUAUAAAGAAUUCAAGGAGCUAUAUUAGAAAAAAAGACCUUGAUUUUUAUGAAGGUGUUAUCUCUAAUUGCAUUUGAUCAGAGGAAUCCUCAGAAUUGCAAUAUUAUAAUAGAGUUACUUAAGCAAGAAGGAUUGAAAGAUCGGAUAAAAUUAAUAUAGAAUUUAUAUGCAAAGGCUUAUACGAAUAAAGACGAGGAGCAUUUAAAUUAUUUAUUGGGAUUUUUGGAGCAAGAUGCUAAGAAAAAUAAACGGAAGAUGAAUUUCAUGUUAGGGAGUCAGUUUAGUGUUGAUGAUGAAUAUAUUAAUUAUUUUUUGGCCUUAAAACAUAAACCCUGUUUUGCGUUAAACUGUUAAUAAUAUAAACGGUAUCUGAUUUAGAACAAGUUCAACAUCAAGAAAUUAUACAAUGAUUAUUUAUUAUGUUUAAGGGAGGGAUUGAAUGAGAAAAUCGAAAUAUUGAAUGAGUUAAUUGGUUCAUUUGACAAUAUCCAAAAUAAGGAGACUUUCUGUAAGGUUCUUGCAACCAUUUUAAUAGAAGCUAAAGUUUAGCCCUAUAACGAAUCCUUAUUGGAUCAUUAGUAAGAUUUUCUAAAGGCGUACCUUUAGUAAAUGAAUAAAAUGGAGAGAUAUUAGUCUUUCAGUUUGAAUCAUCCGUAUACUUUGGAAAGAAAAUAAUUAAAAUAAAAGAAUUCAAUUGCAUUCAUCUCUAAAAGAGCUCAGGAAUAGUUUGAUAACUCUGAGAAAGUUAUUAAUCAUCAAUAAAAAAAGCAAGAGUAUAUCAACAAUUUAGAAUCCUAAUUAAUGUAUGCUUAAGAUAAAGCGUAUACAAAGUAGAACCAAAAUUAUUCUUGUUUGUUUUCAUCUAGUAUUAAUUCACAAUCAUAAGAUUAUGAGAAGUGUUUUGAGAUUGUUUAAAGGUGGGCAAAUCAUAAAAAUCUGAUUUAAUUAUCUCCAUUUUAUGAAAGAAUGUAUGCCCUUCGAUAUCCAAAUAAACAAUAGGUUCAUUAAAAGGAAGUAUUAGUAGAAAUAUUGAUCAAGUACUUUUUACUGAAAAAGAAUGGACCCAAAAUCUUGGAUUAUAGAUCAAAAGAAUAUAUUGAAUUACUGAAAGUAAAUUGUACAACCUCAAUUAAUAAAUAUGUACUUGACAACUUUAGAAAUAUACGCCCUAAAAUGCAGGAAUUCUUUGUGUCUGAAUUCAUAUGUGAGGAUAGGAAAUACGAUCCCAGUCAUGAGGAUUUAGAUUAUAUAAUGAUGACUAUGAAAUAUCAGAAUAUUAAAUUGGUACCAAUUAUGAGAAAGAAGUAUAAAGGAUUAUCCACAAUCAAAUUCAAUUAGGCUACUUUAUUUUAUGCAAAAAAUGAAGUUAAUAUUUUACCUGAGAAGAAUUAUGAUGUUUACACUCCCACCUUUUAAAAAAGGAUGGAAUUCUUCAGUAAAUUCAUCAGUGGAGUUGGAGCUAAUCUACAGAAUCUGACUUCAAAUUAGGUUUUCUUGAUUUAUGGUAAACACAAUCACAUCUUGUAGAAACCAAAAUUUAGUUAUGAAAACUUGGUUCUUGCUCUUAUUAGUGGGAAUAUUGAAACAAUAAAUUAUAUAAUAUCACUUCAUUUAAAUCCAAAUCAGUUGGUCUAUGAGUAGAACAUUUUCCAAUUGAUCAUCUAUGGAAAUUAUAAUGACAACGAGAUUAUAAAAUUCUACAAUCAUUACAUUAAAGAUGAAGUCAAAUAAACAAACAGAAUUUUCGUACUUGAUAAUUAACCGAUUCUGUAUUACCUAAUGUUAAUGAAGAGACAAAGGUUGUUUGAGGAAAUAUAUUUACCAUUUAUGAUUCAAAUUCAUGGAUAAAUUAAGGCUAUCAAGAUUCUAAAGUAAGAAUUAUUAUUUAAUUAUGUGGAUUAAUCAGGUAAGAGUGAAGUAGGAUAAUAGUCAGAUAGAGAUAAUUUUAAGACAGACAUAUUAAGUCUGGCAUUGAUGAGAAAAAACUAUUUUAUUUUGAAUUAUUGUUCAAAAAUCAUCAAAUAUUUUCAUUUAAGGUCCAUUCUACAUUUUGAUAUUAAUUACUUUUAAUCAAUUUAACCUGAAAUUAAUAACACUCCCUUUUCCAAAUUCAUUUAGUUGUACUAAAAGUAUCUUCCUUUAUGCUGUACUUUGUUAGAAUACAAUUCAAAUGAAAAUAUUAGAUAAGCAUAAAUAUAAUAACUCAUCAAAUUUGAGUAGGCUUGCAUUAAUUAGAUUUUUAAAUUGGAUACAAUUUACUACUUCAAUAAUAAAUUAUUAACUAUACAUAUGGCUUUGAAAAAAUGGACUAUGCUAGGUAACUACUAAUUCAAUCCUAUUCUUUUAUAAUAAUACCUAGAAGAAUAUAGACAAAGUGAUGGAUCAUAUAAUUUGACCUAGGAACGAUGUAGGAUGAUUCUUGAAUAAUGUUAGAAAUAUACUACAUUUCAGAAUCCAAUCUAUGAUAAACUUGCUGCUAUGUAUCCUAAAUUAUUCAUCGAAGUUACGGAUCCUGUAUUUUUUACUAUAUCAACAGUGAUUGUUGUGAAUCAGGCUUUAUACCAAACUCCUGAAUUAAUUAAAUAUGUGUCCUAUCACAAGGAUAAAUAUCUGGAAUCAAUUAAAUAAGAAGAAUAACAAGAACAAAACAAAUCAGUAGAUUAGAACGAUUAACAAAUUGAUGUUCAUAAGGAGUAGAUUGAAAGAAAUGAGAAGAAAGUUUACAAUAAUAGAUUUGUUUAUAAGGAGGUAUGGACCGAAUUAAGCUUUGAAAUUUUCGAGCCAGAAUCUGAGGAUAGUGAAAUUAUUUUUGAAGAUUCCGAAUAGAAUUAAUCAUAAGAUGGAAAUAAAUUAGAACUAUCAGCAAAUAAAAACGAGGAAGAAGUAGCAACAAAUAAAAAUGAAUUAGAAAUGCCAACAAAUAACAAAGAGUUGGAAAUGGCAACAAAUAAAAAUGAAUUAGAAGUAGCAACAAAUAACAAAGAGUUGGAAAUAGCAACAAAUAAAAAUGAAUUAUAAUUAGAAACAAAUAAAAAAGAGUUAGAAAUAGAAACAAAUUAAUAUGAGAUGCCCUAAAACAUUGCUUAUGCCUUUUAUUUAUUGCUUUGCAUCUAAUAGGAUCAAUAUGAAGAAUAGGUUAUUCAAUAAAAAUAGUUAAUUGUCAUUAAGGAAGUCUACUUAAAUCUAUUCAAAUUUGAAUAAAAGACCUCAAAGAAAUCAUAAUUUUUAACUGAAAAUAGUAAGAUAUUCUUGCUUUCUCUAUUAAAUCAAAAUUAUAAAUUUAAGGACACUUCCUAUUUCGAAUAGAUUUUAGAAAAGCAAAACUCAAAGGAAUUAGCCAUUUUAAAGGGAAUAAUGUAUAUAAAAUAGAUAAAUGAAAUCAUUGAUGGGUUUAUUAACAGGUUGAGCCAAGAGAUUACAACGAUGACUAACUUUAAGAAAAACGUACUUCUUGUUUUUGGAUAAGAGUAGAUAACUUAUGAAUAGGAGGGAUUCACUAUCCCACUUUAAUUCGAUGAUGAUUCAUUUUAUUUAUCCGAAGCCAAUAUUUGUAAAGCUAUUCCAUAGUUAAAGAUGGCAAAUUAUUAAAUGAACAUAGAGGUUGAAUUAACUCAAUAUUACGAAAUCUAGGAGAAUUGGAAGAACUUUGAUUUCAGUUCAAUCACAACAGUCGAUUUUCAUGAGAUCAUUAUCAAUUCAAAGGAGAAUGUGUUAGAAAAAUGUUUGUUCUUUAAGAAUCUGAUGGAAUAGGAGUUUGAUAAAGUGGGUAUUUAUUAAAUAGAUGAUGUGUUCGCUCCUCAUUAGCAUGAGUAGAUUAGAUAAACCGAUACGCAAUUAUAUCAAUCCCAAAAUCAGCCUCCUUCUCUAAUUCAUUAGAGUCAUAGUCAAGUGGGUGUAUCAUCAUAAGGCACUCAGUUGCAGAGAUAAUCAACUAUAAAUCAAUAACAAAUAAUGAAAGAAGAUUUCCAAUUCAUGUUUGAGUUGUUACCUGAUAAUACUUAUUAGGUGAGAUAGAAGAAGAAAUACAAAAACUAGAAAGAAUUGAUAUUCGCUGAAUUUUAUCAUUUUAUUUAACCCUAAGUAGUCAUUAAUUUGCUAAAACUAUCAGAAGAGGAAUUCAUUACCAAAUACAAUGGGAAUACUGUAAUUUCAAUGAUAAUAUAAGAUUUUUAUAGAUAUAAUGAAUUUAUAAGUAGUGUAAUUGAACAGAAGCAAUAACAAGUGUGGAAAUUGGAAUUUCCAUUUUAUAUUAAAAACUAACACUUUGUCUUUUAGGAUUAAUUGUUUUCAACCUACAACAUUUAAAUGAUAUUUACAAAAUUGGUUACAUUCAUAGAGAAAGUUAAGUAAUUGCUGGGUAGAAGUGAAGAUCAGAGCAAAUUGGUCUGGAGAAUAAAUACAAUAUCAUUUUUAGAAGUCAUAGUGAGCAAAUUAGUUGAAAUGUAAUAAGUAACAAAUAAAGUGAUUAAUGUCUAUUCAAUAAUUGAAUCGGUAUUCAGUUGGGACACCUUGAUUAUGAUUUUACACUAAUUGCUUUACCAUAAUUUGAUAAAAGCAUAGCAGGUUUUAAAAGUGAUCAGAGGGGUUUAUGUUGAAUUCAAUGAAUAGUAAGGGAUUGAAUUCAUACAGAAUAAAUAAAAGAAAGGAUUAGAUAGAAUCUUCUAAUUUGGCAAUACUACUUAUCUUCUUUACAAUCAUAUCCUGAUCAUCAGGUUGAAUAUAGGGAUAUGCAAUUAAAGUGAACAAAUCAAUCAAUAGGAUAAAUAAAUUGCUUAGAUUCAAUAGAGUAGUAGAAUUGUAUUUAAACCAGAUCCAAUUAUAUAGGAAUAUUUCCACAGCAUCAUAAAUGAGUAUGAUUUCUAUAAUUAAAUAUUCAACCCAGAAUAACUUGUGCAAUACUUAUUCAAUAAAUUGGACAUUGAUCGACAUCUGCUGAAUUAUUCAAAUUAAUUGAGUAAGAUUCUAAAUAAAACUAUUACCUUAUCAGUUGAUCAUUAAUCUUUAGCUUCAAUCUUCUCAAGUGAAAUCUAGAAGAUUUGCCAGAAUAAGAAUAGCAAAAGCAGAUUAAAGGAGAUGGAACAGAUUUGGUAUAUUUUAUUAAAAUUGAAUAAAUAUUUUAAAGAGGAAUUGUACAAUUAUAUACUCAAAUAAAUAAAAGCUGAAAGAUUUGAUGAAAUGUUUAAUAUUAGAUUGUCAUGUUUGUUAUCUGCUUUGAGGUAAAAUAAACCGUUAAUGAACAUAAUUGUAUCGAAUACUAGAUAAUUACAAUUAAAAUAGAAGUCUAAGAUUUUAUAGAGAUUAUGCUAGGUCACACAGAAGAGUGAUAUCAAAUUAUCGUAUCAUUUUGGAUUUUAGAUAUCUAAAAAUUAUUAUGUAAAUAAUAGUAAAUUAGGAGAUGUUUGUAUGAUAGUUUAUUGUGAGAAUCAGAAAAACAAUUUAGUGUCCUGUUAAUUGGUGUAUAAUUCUAAACCAGGACACUUUUUAUUUUCUUAAUUGGAUUACAUGAGCGAAGUGCUCUUAACACAUGAUAGAAUAACUAGAAAUCAAGCACAUUAUUCUGGAUAUACUUAUUCACAUCAUGAACUGCUUUACGUUUAAAUUGAAGACUUAGUAUCAAUUGUAUUAUUUCAGCCUAUUUGGCCAUCUGAUCCUAUUUUUAAUCAAUCAAUCCUAAAUGUAUUUUUCACUGAUCAAGAUGGAAAUAUAUCAAUAUGCAAUGAACCUAAAUUCGUGUCUCUAAUGAGUUAAAUCUAAUGCGAAUAAGAUGAAUUCAAUAAAUAAGACAUGCUUGACAAUCUCUUUGGAAAUGGUCUCGUUUCUUCCUACAAUGAUUUAAGUUUAACAUAAUUGACUCCAAUUUUCCCUGAUUAAAUCAAUUUCGAUUUUGCUGCCAUCCAUCAAUUAAAGAAAUAGCAAUCCUUAAUUUAAGGUUAAACUGUCUACAUACGAAUCUUUGGAGACAAGUUCAAAUUUGAUUAGAUUGAUAUUGCAUCUGUAAGUAUGGCCUGUCACUUUGAAACCAAUGUAGUCGCUCAGUAGUUAUAAAAAAACUUUAUUAAAUUCCUUAAUGAGCACACUGAAUUGGCAAACAUCUUUCUACAUUUUGAUGAUUAGUUGAAUUAAAAUCCCAAUUACCAUUUAGAUUGUCUCCUUGUUGGAGGAACAAUAUUCGAAUCCUUUUAAUAUGGCUACUAAACAUUCAAAGACGGUUACUCUUAUCCAAAGUUGAAUAACUCACUACAGUAUCUAUUUGAAAUCUAAUCAAUUCAGAGUAUCAAAAUCAAUUUCGUAAAGACAUUUAUUGAAAAGGUUGAAUUCAUUUUUGAAAAAAGCAUUGAAACUCAAAAAUCACUAAUUCAAUAUGAGAAUAGGACUCUAAAAUUCUAUACCCUCAUUGACAGUAAGGAAAAUAUACAAGUGCCUGAUUCAGAUCAGAUUGCUUAGUUUCUAUUUAAUUUAAUCUUGAAAUUCUAGGUGAAUAAAAUGGACUCCUAUUUUACUUAUGAAAACUUACACAUAGUAGAAGUUGGAGACAUUUAAGUAGAAAGCAUUAAGACAGUGGUUGAUAUAAUAUUGUUGGUCAAGUAUUUGUUUAAAUUGUUGACACUGAUUAAUCCAAAUAUUAAACUAAAGGUAUCCAUUUUAGCAUAGAAGGAAAUCAAGACUGAAUUUAAAAACACAAUCUAUUAAUUUCUUCAGGAUGGCUCUCAUUUAAUAAUUAAUUAUGAAACCUUCGCCGACUUCAAUAUCUGCGAUUUCUUUUUAGAUUAUCUUAACAAAAAUCAAUUUUACAUUAACAAUAGAUAUAAUGACAAGAUCAAAUUCGAAAAACCAGAGAUUAUUCUAGACAGCUUAAAACUUAAUCCUCGAAAACUAUUAAGUGGAAUAGAUGACAAAUCUCAAAUAGAAUUAUUGGUAUUUAAUUUAGAAAAGGGGAGAAUCUAAGGCUUAGAAGUACUUAAUCCAUAGCAAUUUAACUCAAUUUUCCUUAUCUUUAAGAUAGAUGGAAUUCAUCUUAAGUUCUAAACCUUGAAAAGUUGCACUUAAAAAUCAUUACCAGGUUAUUUCUCUUAAAACACCUACUAAUAAAAUAUUUGCAAUCCCCUCUAUUUAAUGAUAUUCGAUGUGGAAUCUAAUAAACCUUUAGAACCUCAAUUAAGUAAGAUAGAAAUAUCAUAGGCCAGAUAAAAGAACACAAAUCUAUCCAAUUUAAUAAAAAAGGAAAAAAAGAAAGGACAACUUCAGGUUUCCUAUAAAUUUAUUACAAAUCGAGUGCUGUUGGUGGAAUUUCUCAGCGAUAAAGUACUAAAAAUGCAGUUGAAAGCUUUGCUCCCACAUACAAUAUCGAUGAUCCAAGAUCAAUUGGGAUCUCAAAUAACAUUUGAAUACACUACUUAAAAUACAUAGGAUUUAAGCAAAACAACACAUAUGCAAGUUACAAUAGAAAAUAAAAUUAAGUUGGUUGAAGUUGAAUAAGAAGAGCAAGUAGCUUUUGGAAUUGGGGAAGCCAAAAUGAUGAAACUAUUGUUAAAGAAGUCAAAUUAAAAGAUGGACGAGGUACUAUUCCAUAAGGAAUGUGAACCAAUAGCUCAUUCUAAGGAUUUGCAAUUGAGCAAUACAAUUAAUAUGUUGAGUAAACAAGAACUUGGAGUGGCAUCGAGAGCUGGACAGGAAAGAAUCGAUUACAUUGUGUUUAAAGAUAGUCUGGGGAACCGUAUCAAUAAUUUCUCAUACACUACUCUAAUUUUUGUGCAUUCCUUAUUCAAUUAGAUUCAAUACAUUCCAAAAUAAGAAUAGGUAGGAUUAGGGUUAAAUUUAAUUUGGACUCCAAUUUUCAAAGGAGUCUAUAAAUUGUACAUAGAUGAUAUCAGAAUCAAAGGGAGAUACGUUAUAUUGGCCAACAUGCCUAAUCUCUAGGAGAGUGAAAUUGAGACUCCUUAAGAAUUGCAAACAAUACCAUUUUACGAAGACAUUCCAUUUACAUUCUAAUUAAGAGAUUCCUAUUCGAACAUCUAUGGGGAUAUUGAGUAUGACAUUUAUUUGGAUUGCAAAUGUGCAAUUACUUGUAAUGAAGGAGUUUCAUUAUAAGUUAAUUUUUAAAACUUGACAAAAAGUGGAUCUAUGAAUGCUAAAGCUCAUUUCUCUCCUGAAGAUGCAUAAGCAGAUGAGCGAGAGACUGAAUUAAAGAUUUUUAUUAACAAUCAAGUUAAAAAAGGUAUGAAAAUUAUUAUUACAUUUCAAAGUUCUACCCAUUAAGAUUUCAGGAGUUUGUUUAGAAAAAAGAAGAAAGAAAUUUGAAGCAGAACUAGAAAAAAGUUUUAAACGAACUGAUUACUCGUUAGUGAUUAGAAGAUUGAGUUUCUUAAAGGAUUUAUUAGUUUUGGCUGAUAAGAAGAUGAAUUAUAAUUUCACUAUUAAGUUUCAAGAUGAGCCUGGUAUUGAUGCUGGAGGACUCAAGAGAGAAUUUUAUGAUAUGAUAGGCAACACUCUUAAAGAUGACACAUACAAAUUCUUCCAGCCUGUUCAAGGUAAUUUGGGGAAGUAUUUUCUGCAUAGCAAUUUUAAUAAAAUAAAAAAUAAAAAAGAGUAUGCUUUAUUAUUUGGAAAGGUAUUAUCUAUUUUAAUUAAUUUUUAGUUAAUUGCUAAUGCAAUAGCUAAUGGCUAUUUAAUUGGGAUUGAUAUUAUUAGUCCAUUUUGGAAGGUUGUUUAUGAUGAGAAGAUAGUGUUUGAAGAUCUAGUCUUAAUUUGGGAUAAAUAAACUUAUUCUAACUAUGCUAAUCUUAAAAACAUGAGUCCUGAGACACUAGAAUCUCUCUAUUUGGAUUUCACUUAUUAAAUAGGCAAUUCUACUAUUGAGUUGAUUCCAAAUGGUUCUACCAUGCCUGUUACUUCAAAUAAUGUUCAUUAAUAUUUAGACAAAACAGCAGAAUAUAUUAUUUAUAAAUAAUUCCAAGAAAUUUAUAAAGCUUUUAUUGAAGGAUUUACAACUGUAGUUGAUUUAAAGGUAAUUUCCAUUUAAAUAGCUUUAAGAUUUUCUAAAAGUGGUUGAAGCCCUUUGAAAUAUCAUUGCUUACUUAAGGAUUACUUGAGAUUAAGCCUGAUGUUGUAUUACAAAAAAUACAAUAUUCUGGAGGAAAGGCUAAUCACAAAUCUUACUUUGAAACGUACAUCAACCAAGCUGAUCCAUAAACGUUGAAGAACAUGUUAAAAUUCAUUACUGGUUUUUUAUUCAAUUAAUAUAUAGGUUCUUCUACUAUUCCUUUUGAUUAGAGUUCAUAUAUAAUAUCAGUUGAAUUCAAGAGUAAUUUGGAUAUUCGUAAAUUGCCUCUAGCUCAUACGUGCUUUAAAUCGAUUGAAGUUCCAUUAUAUGCAAAUUAUGGCUAAAUGAAAUAAAAAUUAGACAUUGCCUUUACUAUUGGUUUGGAAGGAUAUGGAUUUGGUUGAUAUAAUUAUAAAUUGUG